AUUACUCACAUAGACACAGUAGAUUAGUACUGUAUGUGAUCGCGUUGCAGUAUAUUUUUCAUAUUAAAAUAUAAUGAUUGUAAUAUAAUUUAAAUCGCAAAUAUUAAGUUAGUCACACAAGUGUUAACAAUGCCGCUUAUACGAUCAGCAAAUUUUAACUUAUUUAUAGAAAUCCUCAUACGAAUAUUAUUUCUGACAGCCUUUUGCUACAUGGAGACCAUGAGCCCGUACACGCGGGUGAUCCAGCCCUCCGAGCUGCUGGAGUCGUGCCGCUACCCUCGCCACGAGUCCUUCGUGCCCGCCAGCACGCUGUGGUCGCUGGUGCUCUCCGUGCCGUGCCUGCUGUCGCUGCUGGCCUGGGCUUGCUUCAGCGACUGUAACGACGCGCUCGAGCUCCUGAUGUCGUGGUCACUGGCGCUGGGCAUCACCGGCGUGCUCACCGACACAGUCAAACUAAUUGUAGGAAGGCCGCGGCCGGACUUCUUCUACCGCUGCUUCCCGGACGGAGUAGAGAAACCGGGGCUGCAAUGCACCGGCGACCCGGCUGACGUGAUGGAGGGCAGGAAGUCCUUCCCGAGUGGACACAGCAGCUUGGCGUUCUGCUCGCUGGGCCUGGCGUCGCUGUGGCUGUGCGGGCGGCUGGGGACGCUGGCCCGCCACCGCGGCUCGGGCCUGCGCGUGACCCUCGUUCUGGCGCCGCUCGUGCUGGCCGCUGCCGUGGCGCUCUCCAGGACCUGCGACUACCACCACCACUGGCAAGAUGUCCUGGUGGGUUCGAUAUUGGGCAUGUCAGUGGCCACGUUCUGCUACCGGCAGUACUACAACGCUCUCAGCUCGGACCUGGCCGGUGUGCCGUGCGUGAUGGGCGCCCGGCCUGCCACCGAGGUGAGCCCCGCGCACAGAGACCACGCCGAGUCCACGCCGUUGCUCAAGAAGGAAGACAAGUGGAUCUAGGAGCAAGUAGCAACACUGACCGCUAGGAAAAUAUUAUCCGUCUAUAACGGCUCGACCAUACAGAUGUCGGACGAAACGUAGGCGCGGCGCCAUAACAACGACUAGUUGCACACUAUGUGAAAUUAUAAUAAAAAUAUUUGCAAAGGGUGAAAAAUAAAUUUUGAAAACCUUUAAAUGUUACCAUUUGUUGAGUUUGUCACUGAAUAGUCUUGAUAUUCUAGUUACAUCUUCGUACUAUUUUAUUUACUUAACGCAUCACAUGUUUUAAAAGAGCUUUCUAAAAUUGCGUGCUUGACAUUGUAGCCCAAGGACAUAGGGUAUGGGUCGCGCCAUGUGUACAAAAAUGUACUCACAGAGUCUUAUACAGAAUCGGCGGCACUUACUACCUACUUAAUAUAUUUAUGCCGCGCCCGUGUCGUUUACUUCCGUAUGUCGCAGCCAUUAUAGUUAAAACAAUAGUUAAUUCUUAGUGAGAAUAAAUCUACAAAUUAGAGUUUAAUGUAUAUCUUUUUGUCGGGAAAUUUGGAGGUUAAUAAUAAAGUGAAGUAUUUAAUUUAUUUACUAACUUGACAAUUUAAUGUAAGAGUUAUGUUAAUAUUUGUGAAAACGUGUUUUUGAUAAAUAUAAGACUUCUUGUAUUUCUGAUUUGCAAAAACGCCUUUUUCUUCAAAUUUCCUGGCACUAUUGGAGUUACCACGAGGUAAUCUAUUUUAUAUUGUUUAUAUUUUAAUUUAUUGAAUUUAAAAUUCGUGACAUAUUUAUUGUAGUUAUAACUGGGCCGUCUGAAGUAUGACUUCUUAGACCUUCUCCCUCCUCCCUCAAUGGCUGUUUGUGUAAAAUUUCUUUACGAUGUAAAUAAAUUGUUCAUAGAGUAUAUAACCAAAUAGAGAAGGCAUUCCUAAAACAUGAUAAAAACUCAGUCGUGUUUUUUUCUUUAAUCAAGUGUGAAUACAAUUAAACUACAUAAGUCAUGAGUUGAACCGCAAAAUACGUCUGAUAUUAGCGCCUGUACGAUGGCUUACUGGAGACACAAUUUUGUUCAAAGAAACCCUAACAACAAUUUAUAAAUGUAUGUCAGUGUGAUUGAUGAAUUCACAAGCCUCACAACUGUAAGGAAAACUGACUUAUACGUUUCGGCAUUUACUAAUGUGCUAAUAAUCCAGAGAAAGAUCCUCUCUGUAUGGUCACUCUAAUUAAAUUACCCCAACCCCUGUGCGAAGUGACAGUUCAUCUCACUUUUGUUACAUACUCUAUAGUCUAUACAGUUGGCCGAAAAUACUUUUAUAAAAAGGCAUGUAAAAAAAUUGAUUUUCACCAACCUUGACUUCUACCUUUUUAUACACAAACUUCGGCUAUGAAGAUUUUAAAAAUAAUAUCCAAUUUUGAAAUAUACGUAAGUUAUAAAUAUGUUACCUGACAUAGUAAAUUAUGGGCUUAGAAAAUAUUAAAUGUACUUAAAAUAUUAAUGAAAAACAGUGAAAUUAAUUUAUUACUUUCUUGAUCAAACUAAUACUUAAAAAGUGUUUUAUUUAAUGUUUAAAUGUACUCCUAUUAUGUUUAAUUUUUUGUGGGUGUGAUACCAACGUACCAAGGACUAGCAAGUAAAAGAUACAAACAGAAGAACUCACACAUAACAUUAUUUAUAAUUUUCCUGUGUGUGCUACGAGCGUUGGCAACUGAAACAGCGCCCUAACACCAAUUCAGUUACCAUAUUUUAUUUGCAGUUCCAUCAUCCGUAGAACGGAAAUGGUUGUAAACGUUGUGGCUGUAUACGUGAUUGUCUUUGACAUGCGUUUGUAGAGAAUGGAGCUGUCGUGCAUAUUUUAUUAGAGCAACUAGCAACGAGACCAUCAGCUCAAACCAAACUACCAUCAAAGAAAAAUAAAACCAAGAAUAAAGUAUCAAGUGGAUUUGCGAUGCGCGUACUUCCGAAAGGGAGAAACAAUCCUAUAACCCGGACAAAUUGAAAUGCAAUAAAACAUGGUGGAAAAGUUUUGUUCUGAGAAUGAUAAUUAUUUAACCAAUAGACAAUAACUGACAACCUCAUUCUUUACGAACUCGUCACACGUAAAAUUUUGUUUUUAUUUAUAUUCUGUUGAUAGAAAUAAUUAAUGUCACUUAAUUGAUUGUUCCUUUUUAUGAUUUUUAAAAGUAACGAAACUUGGGAAUAGUAAUAAUUGAGAAUUAUUAUUAAUCUUGUGUGUUAUGUGUGUGCGUUUAUUGACGCAUUAAUUUAUCUACUAAAGCUGCGGUUUUCUACAAUAAUGUAAUAAGGAGCUAUAAGAGCUGUGUAGAAGAGGUGAACAGAUUAACUAAAUCAAGUUACGUACCUACGUACUACCUAUUAGCUCCUAUAAAAUUAUUACAAAAAUUGAAGUUAAAUAUAUUUUACCGAUUCUCUAUUCAGAUUACGGUUGUUAUGUCCGCCGCUUGGAAACUAUACCUUUAUGACUGUGACACGUCUAGUGAAAUCAUUCCAUUGUUAAACUUCGUGUUGAUUUUAUAUUUUAUUGUAAAUCAAAAUAUUGUGAUAUGUUUAAUUACAAAUAAAUUAUUGUUUUGAUACCUA